UCAGUCGCUACGUCCCCUCUGCUUCUAAACUUGUGCCCCAGAGUCCUUAACAGGUCCUGGUGUUUUUAUUUCUCCUCGCAAGGUCGGGGUCGCUCCUCCAGGCCCCGCCCUUCCAGGCACGGCAUGCCCCCCGCUGCCCAGCGCCCAUGGUCCUGACGCUGCUCUUCUCCGCCUACAAACUGUGCCGCUUCUUCACCAUGUCAGGCCCACGGCCCGGCGCCGAUCGGCUGACAGUGCCAGGACAGGAUCGCACUGGCGGCGCCAGCCCAUGGUGGGCUGCGGGCGGCCGCGGGUCCCGCGAAGUGUCUCCCGGGGUGGGCACCGAAGUGCAAGGAGCCCUGGAGCGUUCGCUACCGGAGCUGCAGCAGGUGCUUUCCGAGUUGAAGCAGGCAAGCGCGGCGCGGGCGGUGGGCGCGGGCCUCGCUGAGGUCUUCCAGCUGGUAGAGGAGGCCUGGCUGCUGCCGGCUGUGGGCCGCGAGGUGGCCCAGGGUCUGUGCGAUGCAAUACGCUUGGACGGUGGCCUGGACUUGCUGUUGCGGCUGCUGCAGGCACCAGAGCUAGAGACCCGUGUGCAGGCCGCGCGCUUGCUGGAGCAGAUCCUGGUGGCUGAGAACCGGGACCGCGUGGCGCGCAUCGGCCUAGGCGUGAUCUUGAAUCUGGCGAAGGAGCGCGAGCCGGUGGAGCUGGCACGGAGCGUGGCGGGCAUCUUGGAGCACAUGUUCAAGCACUCGGAGGAGACGUGCCAGCGGUUGGUGGCAGCCGGUGGCCUGGACGCGGUGCUGUACUGGUGCCGACGAACAGACCCGGCGCUGCUGCGCCACUGCGCUCUGGCGUUAGCAAACUGCGCGCUGCAUGGGGGCCAGGCGGUGCAGCGGUGCAUGGUGGAGAAGCGCGCCGCCGAGUGGCUCUUCCCGCUCGCCUUCUCCAAGGAGGACGAGCUGCUGCGGCUGCACGCCUGCCUGGCGGUGGCGGUGUUGGCUACUAACAAGGAGGUGGAGCGCGAAGUCGAACACUCGGGCACGUUGGCGCUCGUCGAGCCGCUCGUGGCAUCGCUGGACCCCGGCCGCUUCGCCCGCUGCCUGGUGGAUGCCAGUGACACAAGCCAGGGUCGCGGGCCGGAGGACCUGCAGAGCCUGGUGCUGCUGCUGGAUUCGUCGCGUUUGGAGGCUCAGUGCAUCGGGGCUUUCUACCUGUGUGCCGAGGCUGCUAUCAAGAGCCUACAGGGAAAGACUAAGGUGUUCAGCGACAUCGGCGCCAUCCAGAGCCUGAAACGCCUGGUUUCUUACUCCACUAAUGGCACCACGUCGGCGCUGGCGAAGCGCGCGCUGCGCCUGUUGGGCGAGGAGGUGCCGAGGCGCAUCUUGCCCUGCGUGGCCAGCUGGAAGGAGGCAGAGGUCCAGACCUGGCUGCAGCAGAUCGGCUUCUCCCAGUACUGCGAGAACUUUCGGGAUCAGCAGGUAGAUGGUGACCUGCUUCUACGACUCACAGAGGAAGAACUCAGGACAGACCUGGGCAUGAAAUCAAGCAUCACACGCAAGAGGUUCUUUAGGGAGCUCACGGAGCUCAAGACCUUUGCCAGCUAUGCUACUUGCGACCGCAGCAACCUAGCAGACUGGCUGGGCAGCCUGGACCCUCGCUUCCGUCAGUACACCUACGGCCUGGUGAGCUGCGGCCUGGACCGCUCCCUGCUGCACCGCGUGUCGGAGCAGCAGCUGCUGGAGGACUGUGGUAUCCGCCUAGGGGUGCAUCGCACGCGCAUCCUCUCGGCAGCCAGAGAAAUGCUCCACUCCCCACUGCCCUGUAGCGGUGGCAAACCCAGCGGAGACACCCCAGACGUCUUCAUCAGUUACCGGAGGAACUCGGGUUCCCAGCUGGCCAGCCUCCUGAAGGUGCAUCUGCAGCUCCAUGGCUUCAGCGUCUUCAUCGACGUGGAGAAGCUGGAGGCAGGCAAGUUUGAGGACAAGCUCAUCCAGAGUGUCAUGGCGGCUCGAAACUUCGUACUGGUGCUGUCCGCUGGAGCACUGGACAAGUGCAUGCAGGACCAUGACUGCAAGGACUGGGUGCACAAGGAGAUCGUGACUGCUUUAAGCUGUGCCAAGAACAUUGUGCCCAUCAUUGAUGGCUUCGAGUGGCCCGAGCCUCAGGCCCUGCCUGAGGACAUGCAGGCUGUACUCACCUUCAAUGGCAUCAAAUGGUCCCACGAGUACCAGGAGGCCACCAUUGAGAAGAUCAUCCGUUUCCUGCAGGGCCGCCCCUCUCAAGACUCCUCUGCCGGCUCUGACACCAGUUUGGAGGGAGCUGCACCAAUGGGUCUGCCUUAAGCUGUCCCCAGUUCCCACAUCCUGCUAUGACUCUCGGUUCCAUCUUUUCCCUGCCCCUAAAGGAAUAGCUCCUCUAGAUGGGGGGGCCCCCCCGGGCUGAGACAAACCACACUCUUCUCAGGGAAUGGCUUUCCCUGCUCCCACCCUG